AUGGCCUCCCGCCAGUCCUACGCACACGGGAGGCAAUCCUACGCCCCGUCCUAUGCUGCGUCGCGCAGCGCGGCCCCGCGCGCGUCCACGUACCCCGUCCCGAGUAACGACUAUCUCAACAGCAUGGAAGAGUGCGUCAAGGCUACAGAAGGGUGUGCUGCUACUCUCGGCCAAGCCAUCACGAACUUUGAGCCUGGAGUCGCAGACCUGCCGCGCUUGAAGAAGGUGUUGCACAACCACCAUAUCGACGCCCUCCUGUCCCGUGGCGAGUCGCUCGUCGCGGCAGAGAGCCAGCAGCUCGACAGGCUCGAGGAAAAGCUCGCGCUCGUACAGGCCGCCCAGGCCAACCGGCUCCCGGCAGCCCCGCGUCUUCCGGGCACGUUCAAGGACCUGGACGCGGCCGCUGCCGACGAGGACGAGACGCGUAACCGCCUCGAAGGGGUGGACCUAAAGGACAUUACGCUGGCGCAGAGGAGAAAGAUUGGAUUCUUGAGGAACAGGCGGGAUAAACUGGAAAAGGAGCGGGCGAGGCUCGCCAUGGCUGCUUGA